UUUCAGACCUAGCUUAAUCAAUUGUGAGAUCUGCUGUUUUUUGCCUUCAAUGACGUUCAAAUAUUAUUUUAUAGCUUUGUUACCGAUAUGUAAUGAUUGUGCGUUCUCUUGUGGUCUCACUCUAAACAAAAGAAAACUAAAAAACUGCACAAAAGAAACAAAAGAGUCAGCUGUUUGAGAACGACAUCCGAUAAGUGUAAACAUGCGGCCACAUAGAAAAUACUAUGAUUUGAAUAAUGAUAACGACGUUCAAGCUGCAUUAGACCUCUUAGACGAUUCUGAUGCAGAUUUCAGUGACGAUAAUGAUAUUGAUGAUGAAACUUGGGUACCAUUCAACAUUUUCCCAGAAUCUCCAGCAAGUGGUGAAGAUGAUAAUGAGAAUGCAACUGCAUCUCAUGCAUCUGCAUCUGCAUCUGCGACUGCAUCAGCAAUUUCUCAGGACGAUUCAAGUGUAGCAGCUCCGCAAACAUCACGGCCAAUCAUUAUUUCUAAUAUUUUGUUAAUGGCAGCACAGCCAUCAUCUAUCAGAAAUGUUUCACUAAAUAUGACUCUGUCAUGCACUUCCACAAGUAAUACAGCGAAAAGACGCCAACUAUAGAAAAGUGCUCCAUUUGAUUGCAACGAUCUACCCAUUGCAUCUGGUUGUCAAAACAUAGCAUUACGGAAAACACCAUUGGAGUACUUCAAGAAUUACUUCCCAGAAUCGCAUUACGACGAUGCUAUAAAAUUUACAAAAAUGUACGUUAUGAGCACACGUGGGCAGGAAGUCCGAUAUCAACAAGCCGAUUUUAAACGAUUUUAUGGAUGCGCAAUGAUAAUGGGGUGUCUUGGAUUUCCGAAAAUAAGAAUGUACUGGUCACAUGAAUGCCAAAUUCCUGCAAUUUACAAUUCAAUGUCACGUGACAAAUUUUUGCAAAUGCGAUCGGACAUUCACUUUGCAGAUGUUUCUGUGCCAGACCCCUGUAACAAAUUAUGGCGUGUACAACCUGUGAUCGAUUUAGUAAGAAACCGUUGCAAUAAUUUAGCAACUGAAAUAACACAGUAUUCAAUGGAUGAACAAGUUAUUCCAUUUACUGGAAGAUGUCCUGCGCGUCAAACAAUUCGAUAAAAACCAAGACCUGCUGGUCUAAAAAAUUUGGUAUGUGAAACUGCAAGUGGCAUGAUAGUGGACUUUGAAGUUUUUCAAGGCGCUGGCACUUUUCAAGACUGUGGUUUCGGGCAUGGCCCGUCUAUUAUAAUGAGGCUAACAAAACACCUUCCAAAAGGCAGCCAUAUAUGUACAUAUAUUUUGAUCGCUUUUUCACAACAAUACCCCUCAUUCAGUCGUUGCACCAAAUCGGUUUCCAUGGAACAGGAACUAUAAUGGCAAAUCGAUUGGACAAAAAAUUGAAAUUUCCCCAGGACAAGGAAAUGAAUAGGGGUGAACUGGAUAAUAGUUCACGAACGGUGACAAUGUAGCCGUUGUCAAAUGGAAAGAUAGCAAGGUGUCGUAGUCGUUUCCAGCCAGUGCGGCAAAGACCCCAUCAGCGAGACAGAUAGGUGGAACAAAAACAUGAAACGCCGUUGCCCUGUGCAAAUCCCAAAAGUUAUAGAAAAUUAUAAUGAAUUUAUGGGGGGUGUCGAUAUAGCUGACCAGAUGCUUGAAUACUACAGGAUAAAAAUGAAAACCAGGAAAUGGACUGUAAAAGUAUUUUUUCAUUUUCUUGAUCUGGCUGCAUUCAACUCAGUCUAAAAUAGAUGCCAAAUUAGCCGGCCUGCAUAAGUCCAAAGUUAAGCCCUUUUUAACGUUCUAAAUGGAGUUGGGAACAGUACUGGCGGGAUAUUAUCAAGCUCCUGACUAUGUUGAACCGUUUAAAGUCGAUGAAAAUAUGUAUGGAACGAAGUAUCAACCAAAUGACGCGCCUGACGACGUAAGAUUUGAUCGCUACGAUCAUUGGCCCUCAUUCGCAUAUGAGGCACUUAGAGUUUGCCGCAAUAAUUGUGGUAGUCGGACAAGAGGACAAUGCCAAAAAUGCCACGUCAGCCUUUGUCUAGCAAAAAACAAGGUUUGUUUUGAACAGCACCACACAAAAGACUAAAUAUGUUCCUUAUUAAUUAGCUAUUUUAUUUCUAUGGCAAUGAAGUACCUAACAUUUUUUUCUAUUAAUUUUCGGCAUGACUUUUUGUUCAUUUUUUUUCAAUAAAAGAGAAAACCAAAUAUUAUUUUUGUGUCUUAUUUCUUGGAGCAAUUUUUCAGCCUAAGACCUA